UUAUUACUCAUACUAUUUUUAUAUUUUACAUAUUAACUUUUACAGGCUGUGUUCCGAAAGGUUCAAGAAUUUGGAUUACAAGGCCGGGGCCUACCGAUUUGACGCUGCUACACACAUGAUAAUCAGACAGUUGAUGGCUUUGCCCACGCUCCCAGUAGAGCCAGUUGCUCCUGUCUUUCAGCGUCUUGAGGAUUCCUCGGCAGAUGUCCCUGCGCUCCAGCAAAUGAUGACUUACAGGCGAUCGUUCUGGUUAGAUGGAACUGUCUUCACACCUCGGGAUUGGGUCAUAUACAGACAAACGAUCUGGACUAACAAUGAUCUUGAGGGAUGGCAUCACCGCCUUAACAGGAGAGGCAAACGUGCUAAGAUUCCAUUCUAUAUGCUCUGCACUUUACUCUACGAGGAAGCCAUCACUGUAUCCAUCAAUGUCGAGUUAAUCUACAGAGAAGACCAGCUCCGUGUGGAAAGGAAUUGAUGCAAAUCAGCCACUGCACGAUUGGUUGCACAUUGGGAUGAAUAUCGUGCCGGUCAACGCAGUGCCUGUGCACUUAUGCUAGCAGCCAGCAAACUCAUCAGCAAUAACACUCGUGGUGAUUAGUAAUCAAAAUUGACAUGACCUACUGCGACAUACUUAAAUAAAUAAUUGUUUGUAAAUACAGUAAUAUAAAUAACAUGAUUGUUUAAAUUGUUU